AUGCUCGGCCGACUAUUGAGUACCGCCGCGUCGACUCUGAACCCGACAGCGUACUCGGCACGACAGAAUGGAACACCUCUCGAAUCCGUGACCGAGGAGGAACAUACCUCCGGUCUUCUUUUUCCCGAUGCCAGCCUCCUACGGCGUUCCAAUACCCACGCCUACCCCUUACAAACGACCUUCAAUUCUCCGAAUGCCUCCGCUGCUGGCGCUUAUGAUGAUCGUGGUGGAAUGGAAUUGGAUGCAAUCAAGGAUUUCCGUGUGAUUGUUGCACAAAAUGCAUUGGGCGACCGAGAUGCAUGUGUCUUACUUGACACUCGUGCAUCCGAUUCAUCCACCGCCGGCCUUGGGAUCGACCCCCAAGGCAACGACCAGUCCGGCCCUCGACAUACUCGUGCAGUUUCUAGUCUUUCUCGUGGGACACGUCGCAACCUCCUCGCUCAGUCUUCCCUCGCCGAACCGAGUCCUCUCUCCGCAGCUGCAGAUGCACGCAGGUUGUCACCCGCCAGUCCAGGUGCAUUCUCCCGAGCUCGGGGCCGUAGUUCCACACUGGCACCAUCUGGAGCAUGGCAUGAGCCUGGCCCAUCGAGACACCCUUCCGACGCCAAUGAUACGGGCCUCUUAAAUUGCAUCUUCGGCAGCAGCGCCUUCAGCUACCGGGGCUCGUCCACAAAAAUGCACAUCAUCUCCGCCGAUGAUGACUCGACAAUCGGGGCCAGUGCGUCUCCUGCUGCUCGCAGUCCGCUUUCACGGGCGUACACGACAGGGAGUACCUCUAGUCCAAUAGGGCCAGCCCGAGGAGAGCACGACAAGCCUCCUGCCAAAGUCACGGUUCUCUUGACUCGCAUGUUCAGCGUGAAUCUCCCCGAAGGAGCGGAAGCAUCAGCGGAGCGACAUGACUAUGCCAGUGCUCUCUAUCAGGAAUCAUUGCCCGAGAUGGAGUUCCCAUUCCCGGAUGUUUCUAAACGCAAGAAAAUCAAGGAGAAGAAAACGCCCAUGUAUGCAGUUGCAAUUACGAUUCAGAUCCCCUUGCUCGCACGAAACUCUGGGCGCCCUGUGUCAAGGUUUAGCACGCCAGGCCCAGACUCUCCCAGGCCAGGGUUCUCGAGCUCGCUUGAUUCAGACCACCGAUGGCCGGGAGGAUUCUUUGAUGAUAGUUUAUCCUCGGCUUCUCCUCCGGCUAGCUUGGAUGAACGCUUGGACUUGCUAGUUGACCAUUGGGACGUCAUCACUCGCACACUCUCGCACCUCGAGCGACUUGUUCGCAACGAAAUCCUCUUUCUGUUGAAGAAGGUGGACUCUUUGUCUGGGCCUCACCCAAAGCCCGCGAAACCUCCCAAUAUGCAACGCACCAACCAGACCAUUGUACAUUUGCCUGCGAAUAUUCUAUCCGUCAAUUCAAAGCUCAAAGAAGAAGCUAUUCGCAGCUCUCGCCGAAUAAGCCUGGCUCUUCAAACCCCAUACGUAGUCACUGGUCAAAGUCGAUGGGGCGUCUGGCGAGAGGAAGGUCGCUCCAUCGUCCGCGGCCUAGGUGACAAAGAGCAGAACUUCUUCUUCCUGGUGGUCCUAACGGCGUUCUUGGGCAAUCAUACCGAGUGGCUCAACACCCUUGGCCCAGAAUGGUAUCGUCGCCGCCAUAAUCAGCAACACAGAUUCCAGCAAGAUGGAGAGCCCAUUCUUGCAAACAGAACAGUCAUCGUAUGUCCGGACAAAAUGACCGCUCGGCGUCUCGUGUUCUUACUUUCCGCCUUCUUGCCCUCCAAACAGCGCUUGGAGGUUUUGCCCUCCCCGCUUCGACCUGGUACUUCGGCUUCCAUGCGUGCUAUCUCCCACAGCCCGCCAAGUGUGCCUGUGCUCCGUCAGGAGUCGCUUCGCAGGGCGAUUGAACGACGAGCCCGUGCUCAACGAAUGAUCAUCGGUGAUAAUGAUCGUCAUCGACGAUCAGUUAGCGCUUCGUCUCAGGACACAGCUCAACGGUCAUUUGAUGGAGCUGAAACUACGACCUUAGCAGAACAAUCUUCAGCUUCGGCCCGCAGAGGGUCUGAUGCUCGUUCAAUCAGACCUUCAGCCGGAGCUAUUCACCCGAAGGAUGUUCGGGCUAUGAAUACCAGUGGAGCAACUACAUCCAUGACAACUCAAAGCAGCACCGUCCCUGUCCCCCAUUUUACUUCUCAGCCAAGCCAGUCCGCCCAGGCUAGAACAGAACGCAACACAACGGAGGGCAGCGAUAGUCUCGCAUCAGAGACUCUGUUGAAGAGCCUCCAGCGAAGUGACAGCUCUGUGCUGAGCACAAAUGGCAGUAUUCCAUCAGCUGGAGGCCGCUGGGGUGGUAUUUUCUCCGGGCUUUGGAGUUCCCGCCAGGAAUCAUCGACUGAUAGCGGUGGAUCGUACUCCCCAUCUGAAGCUCGCAGACGCUCUGCCUCUACUAUUGUUGGCUCUGCUAGGCGUGGGUCUAGCACUUUGAUCCAAAUGGUCAAGGAAGUCACAGAGGAGGAUGAGCACCGUCCCGAAACUGCCCCAAGUGGAAAUAUCUCGAUCCCGGCUACUUCUACGGCCGUUCCUCACAACGGUGAAACUGCCUCGCCAGAGCCGUCAUCACUCAAUAGCCAAGUCCGUGAGUCGCCUUUGAAGAUGUCGGUCAGAGCGGAGGAAGGCGUAGUGGAUGUUGAUCUUCCACUUCCGGGUUUCAUGUCACUUUCCUCCUCUGGGGAUUCCACCGUUGCCUCGCCAAGGAAAACUCGAACGUCUAUCACCAGUGUGGAUGCGCUUGCUUCCACGCACAGCAGUGGAUCUGGGUUCCACGGUGCCAUGAAGGAUAGCGAUGGCCCGACUGCCCAUGUUGCUGGUUGGUUGAAAUCUUUCCAUGAAGAUUUUGCCCUUCAGGCCGUCCGACCCUAUGCUUCCCUCGAAGCGGAGAUCAAACGGGCAAUGCGGGCUGAACCCUCCCCAUAUAUUCCCUCCACACCCGAUGUAGACGGAUCAGAGAGGUGGGUGGACGUCGCAACAACUUUGAUUGCAGACACCAGGGCUUCUACGGUGAAGCGACUCCGGUUGCGACGCAAGAUCACAGUUGGGUGCCACUCUGGCUCAGUACAUACGCCUCCCUUGCACGCCAACGGUUACCCCCGUCAAUCUGCUGGAAGUAACUCGACCUCGCAGUUUGCCAGCUUUUUCUCUGUACACGACAAAGCGCCUCGUGGGCCGACCGCCGAUGAACAGCACCAGAGCUUUGUCGAAGAGCGGUUCAUUGAGGAGCCUGUGAUGGACCUGGAUGGAGUUCUGGUCGACGCUCUCGAGCGUGUUUUGGGACAGAGCGGCUACUCGUCCAUGGCACAGUCGCGUGCUCCUUCUCCUAAUCGAGCUCGCCGAGCCGAAGAAAAGGCCAACUCUUCUCGGCCUGAUGAAGCUGCUCCUGCCGAAGUCCCCCGUGGCGAAUGUGGCAAGAUGGUGCUUGGGGCCCUCGAGGAAGUUGUCCGUGUUGUAACCGCCGAACACUGCCGUGAAGACGAAGAGGCCGAGAGCCCAGCGGCGCUUGCCGACCGCGAGCGCAGAAGAGCGCUCUCAGGGGCUGACAAUACUCUGCGUGAAGGAAUCCGGAAAUGGCUCCUUGACGUCGAAGAAGCCUGGUGA